UGCAGUGCAGUGCACUGUGUUCCGAUGUUCAUUUACUCCCAGUAAAUCUGAGAAGAUUUAUUCAGUCAUUCAUUGAGUGGUAACAGCAUGUUCUCCUCUGUAGACCUGUCUCUCUUCUUUUGUAAACACAGAGCUCCAGUCUUUUCAGUCUUGGUGGAAAAUACUGAACGCAAAUACUGACCGUUGUAAAUAAAGAUAAAAACUGCUCAAUUGUCCCAAGUUCUUCGUUUUACUUCCUGUAGGUGUAACUGCUGGUGGAUUUCUCAGAAGGGUAAACAGAAGCGUGGACACAAGUCUGUCUCUCUAAGUCACCUCCACACAGUGGCAGUUAUCCCUAGAAAAAAACAUUCCUGACUGAAGGUCUUCAAUGCGAAAACAGAUUGAGAUAAAAAAUCUAGCGACAUUUUCCAGUCCACGGGGAAAACAACUACACUUAUCUCAUCAUUGAAAAUAACCCCAAUUUUGGCCUAGAUGUUUGAGCUGUAUUUCUGGUCAGGUUUACAUAAUGCUCUGUUUCCAAUCGGAACAAGGCAGAAGAGUGUGACUCUAUGUGUAAUGGGAAACAGCCCUGGUCUUCUUUGUGCCAGGAGAAAAAAAAAGAAAACAACAAGAGGGCAAGAUGAGAAUUUGGAGCAGGGGUCAGUGAUGGCCAACAGGAACAGGGUCGAUCCAAACGCUUAUUCUUAUUUUAAAAUGAUUCAAAGUAAGUCAGCGAUGAGACAUCUGGAAUAAACACGAGGAGAGGAGAACCACGUUUGUGUCUCCUUUUAAUUAGCUCCUCAGUCUCCUGAAUUCAGCUGUAGCUGUUGUAGCUCUCUAUCUGUCACCAAACAUUAGUUUCCACAACGUUCCUUCAAUAAAUGUUGAACCUGAAUGCUAACGUUCAGCAAUGACUUAAAUGUCUGUUACUGUAUCUGGAGCUACAAAAAAUCCCAGUUGAUACACGAUGUAAUCCACAGCCACCCUGUGAUCAAUCAGAUCAGAAAUGGAAUCAUUCCUCAGCCGUCUGAGGUUGAACCAGUUGACUGGACUGAAGCUAAUCCUUGUACUUCCACACUACCAUAUACCGGAGAAAACAGGAGAAAAGGUGGGGCACUGUGACAUCAUGUGGACCUCAUGUGGACACGUGCAGCCCACAUUGCGCGGGGUCUGGAUGUGGCCCAUAUGUGAGCACACAUGCUUAGCGACAGCCGCAGCAGCAUCAGCAGAUUUUGCUAACACAGACGCGCUGACACAAACACAAACAAAGUCUUUUCCUGCUGUGUUUUCCACAGCUCUGUGUUCAUUCUGUAUGUGUCAUAAUUUAAUCAAAACACCAACACCGUGUCGGGGAAAAUGUGCUAUCGUAGGAUGAAGCAGUGAAUGUACGUUUGAUGAACCAAUUUACAUCAAUCUACAAUGCCAACAGUCAGGGAACUGAAGUCACUCAGGGCAAAUUUACCGUGUUACUGGAUCCAUGAAGAACCGAUUCAUCAUUAUAUCAGUAGAACAACCAGGACCAUCUGAUGUGGACCAUCACAUGAUCAAACCUCUGCUGGGCAGCAUUUGUCCUACAAGGUCAGAGUGACUUGGAACAAAAUAGUCACCCAACAUUUUGCCAAACGUGAAACACAUGUUUCACUUUUUCCACCGUUAGUUCCUUUAAACUGUACUGUAACUCAAGCUUGUGUGCUAACAUUAAUUACCAGCGUUUAAGUGAGACCUGUUAGAUCGCAGUGACCUUUUUCUUUUACAUUCACUGUCAACAUGUGGUAUCAAGUGUCCAAUACACGUGGCCACUGGUUUUAAUAAAUGUCAUUUAAAGGCUGUUACACAUCUGUUUAAUGUACAAAUAUAUUUGAUUUGACCUCUCUGGCAAUGUUUCAGCAACAAACCUUAUAACCAGCAACUGUGCCUCGAGCCACGUGUGCCUCAAGUUCAGCUUUUUUUGUCUUUGUAGAAUAUUAUGAUGAAAACGUUAGUACAGUUGUUACUUAGCAAAUGUUUUACUUUGUAACUUACAUCUAGGUAUUCUAUGAAUAAUGUAGUAUUUGGUAAAUAUUUAAAUAUUUUGCAGUAAGUAUUUGCAAUUUGUUGCUAAAGCGUAACAAUAAAUGUUAUUUAGCAUUGGUUUAAUCUCUUUUAAACUGACAUUUAUAAUUCAUAACAGACAUUUGGAUAUCUGUGGGCCUACAUACAUUUUUGAGGUUUUUCUUACAUUUUAAAACAUGCCACUAUAAAGUCUAAGCAAAGUUAAGCUACAAUUCAGAAAUAUACAAAAAUCAGACUUUGUCAAAAUGCUAACCAACUUUAAGUGCCUUUUAUCUAAGAACAGAUACUUAUUUUUGUACAUGAUACUCUUCUCUUCUGAGUCCAAAGACAGUGAAUCUGUGAUUUGAUCCUGUUUCAUGACUAUCAAGUUGCAGAUAUUCCUUCCUCUCUGCAGUUGCUUUCUUCAAAAUCUCUCAUGUUUGGCUCAGUCUUGGCUCACAAACUUGAAGCUAGGACUAAUGACCAUGGAUGUUGAAUUAAAGCUGAUUCAUAGCCUUGGUUCAAACCCACCCAAAGCCACACAACCACCAAAAUAAAUGAGCUAAUACUCCUUCACUGGGCCUUGGUAGAGUGCAGUCACGAUGACAAACUUCAACUGGAGCAAACAAAUGACACUGAACUGACGACACUGCUUUGACCUAUUCUUCAAAAACAACACGGGGAAGUCCGCCUCAUAAUCACCAUUAAUGGUUGAACUGGCACGUUUGUUUUGACUCAGCAGGCUUCCACAUGGGGGAGACAGGCUCCACCCAACUCUACUCUCUAAAUGAAAAAAAUACAUAAAUAUUUCCUCUAUGGGGAACUCCGAGACAAGUCCUGAGUUGUCUCACAGAGACAGAGACAGAGGAGAGGUGAGGACACACUGAGGGACGCAGAAGUGCCACAAGUGAGGGUGUGGAAGUCAUUAGUGGAGUAAAAAAAUGAAGGUUUGAGAAAGGGAAGCCUGUGGAGACAUUCUGCAACAAUUAGACUGUGUCAACGUUUUUCUGACCCUGGACACAUCACCGUAGAAGUUACCCUGAGGAACAAACAAGGACAUACGCUGAGCAGAGAGGAGGGAGGAAAGAAAACCUCAACUGAGGUGAAGAAAAAGCAGUCGUGUGGGAGAGCAGAGGCGAAAAGAGAGAGCGACGCAAGGCGGAGGAUUAGUCAGGAGGAGUGAGGAGCAGAGAGAGAGAGAGAGAGAGAGAGAGAGAGAGAGAGAGAGGAACCAAGGAAAAUAAUAAUACAAAAAAGAAUUAGAAGAAGAAGAUUGGAGAAAUAAAAAUUUGGGGGAAGGAGGGUGAAGCCACAUCUGGACAUGGGGCUCUGUGCUGUUCUCCUCAUCUGUCUCACCCAGGCUGAGCUGGGGAGAGUGUGGGCUCAGGAGCGUGAAGUUUUUCAACAGUACAACAGGCUGUGGCAGUACUGAGCAACCUAACCUUGGUUUGUUGAUGUAGGUCAAACUCUGACGACAUCUCGCUCUGAACUUUUUAGCCUAAUUUUGUUGAAAAAUUAUUGUUGAACAUUUCUUUCCAAAUACCAAGGAUAAUUAAUAAACUAACCUGUUCAGACUGUUCUGAUGUUAGGAUAUUUAUAAAACUUUAGAAAGUAGUGAAAACGUUAAAUAACUGCAGUCCCUACUACUACCUUAUUUCAGCAGCAUAGGAUGAUAAACAUGGAUGAGAUAGUACUAUGUAUAUUGAAUUUGACACAAAUCUGGAGAUGCAAAGUUCCUGGUCUAUUGUAAAGGGAGAUGUAGCAAGGAAAAAUAUUUUUAAUUUCAGAAAUUGUUUUAUUUGUGUUUUUCCCAUAAUUCAUUUAAAACAGCAAUGUUGUUUUGGAACUUCAUUGUUUUAUACAAAGUCUGCAGAUUUUUUUAGGAAUAGUCUGUCAACAUGGAUGUAAAGAAAUGGGGUCCCAUCUAGAAACAUGGGAGUGCUGAUAAAAAGUAGUUGAACCACCAUGUUAGAGAAUGAAAAGCAGCUGUAAUCUGUGGAUGGUGGAACUUGGCUCACCCUGCAUUAUACUCCAUCCUGGAGGUGUUGAAUGGUGUGAGGUCAAGGCCUUUAUGCUGGCUUAUCAAGUUCAAUGACGUGAAACCAGUGAACAUUUUCAGACUGCAACAGUUGAAAUGGAUUCUGUGGCAAAGCCUUAAACAAAUGGACUCCGAAGGUCAUAAACAAACAAGUCAAGACUAGAAUAAAAAGAAAAGGAUCCAGAGUUGUUACAUAUUUUGGCCACAUGUUGUAAACACAAUUUUAAACCUAAGCGGCUGUGAGGGAGGUCCAAACCUCAGAACGACUCAUGCAGUUCCUUCUUUCAAGAUGUUCAUGCUGCUACAGAAGAGCUGACUACAGCAAAACUCAAAUACACGAUAAUAAAACAGAAGGAGAGAUAUGAGUACACACCAACACUUCAAAGUUUGUAUCAUGUUUCUCAGUUUGGUAACAACAAGCAGAUACACAGCAACGUUCAAGAGUCAGUGCUGCACCAAAAAAAAAGGGAGAGACAUAAGAGCGCUGUGUUAGAAGACGGUUAAAUAACAUUAAAAGAUGGUUCAAUAUAACUUAUAUCUAUGCUUUUAAAUAUUUAAAAAAAGAUAAAUGUUAUGUUUUUGCUGAUAAGUUGAGACUAUCCUGAACCAAAACACAAUCAAUAAAAGAUAAGCCAUGACUCCGACAUGACUUUAAAAAAAGAUAUGUUUAGCUGAGUUUGACAUCUGCUUGCUGGAGUUUAUUCACGUGUGUGUGUGUGUGUGUGUGUGUGUGUGUUGACACUCUUCUGUCACCAUAAUGCCUCCCUUGUUCUAGAUGGAGUGAGUCGAUCCUCUCCGUGCACACAUCCUGCGGCUCCAUACAGUCUUCCUGGGAUCAUCAGGGACCAGCACGCCCCGCACAAACACAGAGAAGUUCGCAACGCACAGAGUGAAGGUGGCGUUGACAUCAGCAUGCUGCCUGAAGACAUAACACGUAUAUUGGACACACACAGGUACUACAGAUGGGAGAGUUUUGGACCUACAGACAGACACACUGAUGACCUGUGGAUAGACCUGGACAGCCUGCACAAGAGCCAAGUCCGAAUCCAUGGCUUACUGUCCAACGCUCAUCGACAGGCAGCAAGGGUUGCACUUUCUUUUGAUUUCCCUUUCUAUGGACACUACCUGAGACAAAUAAUCGUCGCAACUGGAGGAUUCAUCUUCAUGGGUGAGGUCACUCACCGAAUGCUGACUGCCACUCAGUACGUUGCCCCUCUCAUGGCCAACUUUGACCCCAGUUUUUCUCAAAACUCAACAGUCAGAUACUCAGACAAUGGUAAUCUAUUUGUGGUGCAGUGGGACAAUGUACGGUUGAAGGACCGAGAGGCUGAAGGAGCAUUUACCUUCCAGGCAGCCCUUCACCAAAAUGGGACCAUUACAUUUGGCUACAGAGACGUCCCUGUCUCGGUUGAGAAAAUGAACUCCACUGAACAUCCUGUCAAAGUUGGACUAUCUGAUGCCUUCAUGGCCCUGCUGUCCUCUUCUCAGCCCUCAGAUGAAGCAAACCGACGUACCAUCUAUGAGUACCACCGGGUGGAGAUCAACAUAUCAAAGAUUGUUAGCCAAUCUGCAUUUGAGUUCACGCCUCUACCCACUUGUCUCCAACAUAAAUCCUGUGAACUCUGUCUAACAUCAAACUUGACAACCGGCUGUGGCUGGUGCAACACCCUCCAACGAUGUUCUGAUGGGAUCGACCGGCACAGACAAGAGUGGUUAGAUUACAAUUGUCCUGAAGAGGCCAAAGGCACCUGUGAAGACUUUAACCCAGAGCUAACUGACGGGUCGAUGAGCUCUUUCAAUAUUUCUUUCCCAACGUCCUCAGCAGCACUUGAAGGUCAGCCAGUCACACAAGAUCUACAGACUGGUCCACCAAAUCACAAGGUCAUAACGGAGAACACAGCCAUCAUUGCAGGAGUUGUGGCCGCGCUGGUUCUGCUGGUGGCUCUGACCCUACUGGCCGUCUACUACAUCAACACACACCCUACAGUUGCUCCGCCGUUCUACCUCAUGCAGCGACGAACCAAUAACUACUGGCCCUCUAUGAAGUUCCGCAACCAGGGCUGCCACUCCAGUUAUGCUGAAGUUGAGCUCGGAGGUUAUGAAAAGGAAGGAUUCAUCGAAGCGGAGCAGUGUUGUUGAAGGUCACGGAUUGUAGGAAUCAGUCAGAAGAUGAAUGGACACCAUCUUAGAGACGGUGAUGGUACAACAAAGUGGACGGACACGGACAACCAUAAACACGAGAUGCCACUACUUUGACCGUGGAGGCUGGACAGUGUUUACUGUAACUGCUCUUGUAGCUCUUGCCAGCUUUCUCUAUGUACUUUCCUCUUUGUCAUCACACACACAGGCGAGCAGCUGUUCAAUGGCAGUGUUGGACGUUCUGAGAGGAAGCUGACUGUCAGUGUCCAGCCAUGAUGACAUUCAACUGUAAAAACCCAUGUAUUCAAACGUCAGGGAACAAAUCAAACUAGCCUUCAUACUGCAAACUAAUGUACAGCUCCACCUAACCAUGUGUCUUCUGUUUAUUUCCCCUUUAAGUUAGUUCAUGUUGUUUAUUAAUUCUAUGCGCACAGUGACUGGUUCAUCAGAUAUUAUACGACACAUAUUUAGUGAUAUAAUUGUUGAUUGUUUCUGAACGUUUAGAGAAAUGCAAUUUUAGACACAUCAGGACAUUUUGAUUCUUUCUGGGGGUUUCUUCCACUUUCAUGUGUUUUAAUAAAAGCUGGUGGUGCGUGUUGAUGAUGGCUAUUAGAAAAUUGUUUUCUAAACUGUUUUCUCUUAAUAAGAUUAUUAUAAUGUUACUCAGUUAAAACAUUGGUAAAACUUUGAUAACUGGUCAAGUAAAUACAUGUUUCUGCAAAAUAACUGCAUUCAUUAUUGUUUUAAAUAAACUUUCUCUGGUUUUCUUACUGUCUUACAUGA